AUGCUGGAAACGGGAAGAAGAACUGUAAUUAAUACGUCUCAGCUUGGACUUUAUUCCGAUCACGGUGAUCGAUACUAUAGAAGUCGAUACAGUUCUAUUACGAGGAAAUUUGUAAUUGGAGUUAUGGUGGUAGUGGCAGUGGCAUUAGUCGGAAUAUUUUUAUACGACUUUACAUCCGCUUCAUCAGUGAACAGCAAACUGAAUCAAGAAACAAAGCAUAUGUACAUCUUGCAAAAUGCUCUUAAGAAACCUUCGAACUUUACGAAAAAAUUGUUUAACUCGACUGUUCCGCCAGAAAUGAAUAGAACCAGUUCCAUUUACAUUCAAGAUCGUUUAGACAAUGAUGGGAAUCUGUUCCUUUACGAUGAAACGACCGAUCAGAAAGUAGCUGACGCAGAAUUUAAGUCUCAGAACCUGAAUAACUUCAAGCUAAGGAAAAGAGUGCUGAAAUCGGUGGAGAACAAGGUGGACGAGUCGGCAGAAGGGAAACAAUUGUUCGACAAUCAUGCAAUUGUUUAUCGUGUGAGACAAAGACACAAGUACCCAGAGUUGGAAGAAGAUGGAAGUUCAGAGGAGAAUCGACCUCUUCCUUUUCAUUGGGAAUUGAAGACACCACAACCAACUGCCUUUAAACGUCCAAGAUACCCUCAACUCACGCAGUACAGAUAUCCAUACGCCUCUAGAAAUAUUCAGGAUAUCAUCAAAUAUCUGACGAACGACGCUGACUUAUCAAAUCGAGGCAUCAAGUUCACUGGCGUGUACGUGAAUCCAAAGAAAUACGAUUUGUAUCCUGGAGCAGGGGAGAUGAUGUCCAACAGCGAUAGAUCGGAAGAAGAUGAAACUCCACCUUAUCCGCUAAACGAAGAUCCGUUUUAUCAGUACAAACCCAAACAUCCAGCGGACGUGAAUUUAUUGGCUACGUCCAAUGUCAGAUUUUCACCGACAGGUCUUCACAGAUACAACUACGAUGCUUAUGGACGGCCAUCUAAUUAUUAUAAACCGACGUCGAUUGAAUCCAUGUACGAAAAUCCAGCUUCAUAUCCGAGUAAUUACGGAAAGAAGCGGAAACCGCAGCCAUUCAGUGUUAUGUUGGACAUUUAUCCCAUCACUGACAUUACAGAGCAAAAUAAAAAGGCAAACAGGCCGAAACAAGUGCCUAUGGACGAUUACGAACUGCGAAGGCCGAUUCAGUAUAACAGAGGGCUGAAGUUUCAUUCUCCACUCCCGCAAUCAUUGAUGGGAAUGUCUACUCACAAUCAGGCAAUGACCGACGAAGAAGAAAGACAGCAAAUGAUAUUCCAUUUGAAUCUAUAUCCAAGAAAAAAGAGCAAGAUGAGCAGGUACGAUAUUAUUCACAGAUCGGAAUCCAUGGCACCAGAAGAUCGACAACAAUUCGUGGAUAAAGUAUGGUCACCUUUAGAAACGAUAGCCAAACAUUUAGCUGUAGAACAAUCAAAGUUCAUGGAUCAGGAUAAUGAAAGAUCUAAUCUUGCUGCCACACGAUAUCAAGAAACUUUUCUCGAUAACAAAGACGAAAUAAAAAUAUUACAAAAGACAAACGAUUUUUCAAGAUUAGGUGAAAACGAAAACCCGGAUGAAACCAUCACUGUCCCACCUAACCAUAAAUCAAGCAUAGAGGAAGAUUACGCUAGUACCGAAAAGUACGAGUUUGAGGCUCAGAAAAUUGUAGGAACUACCACGGAGAGUGAAUUGAAUGAAUGUAAUACGACUGUCAUUUCGAAAGAAAUCAAAAUCAAUAAAACUGAAACUAUCGAUAAUUCAAAGGAUAUCGACACCGUUGAAGGAUUUAAACAAUUCAACGACAGUGUCUCUUAA